AUGGAUAUAGACGAACAAUACGCGCCGUUUCCAGGAGCACGCGCCACGCCCAGCAGACCCGACAAUCCUCAUGCAGAUGUCGAGGAGUCAUAUACACGAGUUGUCAACCGUCCCAGUCCUGCAUAUCAAAAUGCAACUGCUCAGAAGGCGCGCCCAGCGGGUCCUCUCGCUGCACAGCCCGUGCCUAGAGGGUCAACUCUGUCGGCACCGGCUCCCGUAUCCGUGGUAUUGAGGACCUCGCCGAUCAAAGUGCACGAGUACUCCGAAUACGAUGUCGCCAUCACAGAAGCUACCACGGCAGAGGAUGAGCCGCCGCGCAAGAAGAGAGGCCGCCCCAAAGGAUGGAAGGCUGGCCUGUCAUAUGCUGAGAUGCGAGGCGGCGUUAGACCCAAAUCAGUUAUGCGCGUUGGCCGGUCUGGCAGACAGACGCAAGCACCAGACUACAGAUUGAAGCGUCGGCGCAAGACUGCCGCGCGGUCAGAUUCACCGCAACCGAGGGAGCUCUACCUCGCUUUGAAGCCGGUAUUUACGCGUUUUUUGUGCGAAUGGUCCGGCUGCCAGGCGGAUUUGCAUAACAUGGACACAAUGCGCCGACAUGUGCAUGCAGUUCACCUCAGGCCUCAGCAUCAACAGCACCGCUGCCUGUGGGGUAAAUGCGCCGGGAAAUCAGCCACGCAGCAUGACGAUGCCGCGGCUCUGGCCAAGCACAUGGAGAGGGCUCACUUGGUACCGAUGGCUUGGCAUGUUGGGGAUGGACCAAGGAAUAGCUGGGAUUGGACCACUCGGCUCGAGGCAGAUGGGGAGGCUGUUCCGGACUUCCUGAAAGACAGCGACGGCAACCAAGUGACGCCGUCAACGCGGGAUCAGGAAGUGGAAGAUAUACUGACGUACAGGAAUAACAGAAGGAAACUGAAAGAUCUCAUCAUGCGGCGGGAUGAAAACUUGGAAUCACAGUCAUCGGGUGAAUCUGAAGGCGAGGACAUGGCAUCAGGCCUGUGA